UACACGUGCUGUUUUAACACUGGGUGCUUUUUUUUUUUGGUGGAGCGCCGAGCCUUUUUUUUAUUUUUUUAUUUGUAUUUACAACAAAAUUACCGAAAGUCUUUCAGUCGUCGGUCGCCACGACAGACAGAAACACAGACGACGUGUCACAUUGUUCUGAGAGCGGAUAACCCCGAGGCGUGGCGCCCGUCUUCAUUUGUGUGAGAGAAGGAGCAGUGCAAACAUCCCACAGCCAGACAGCAUGCAUGGAGAGGCCAUCCCUUGCCAAGUGCUGAAAUGUUAGGACUGGAGACCGAGAAUCAGCAGGCUGUUUACAUUCGAGGGAGGGCAGUAAGAGCUGCUUGACACAAGACCCCCGUGUGUGGUUUGAUAAUUAUUUUUUAUCAACAUCCCCACGCCUCACUCUGUGAGAUUCAGCUUUGUGCAGCAGAGCCCAGAUGGAGUGGUCACUAGAAAGUGUGAGGGAGAUGGUGGCUGGAGGGAUGCAGUCGGUCAGAGAGUGUGAGAUUUGUGCUUUUGCAACAGUGGCGUGCGUGUUGCUGCUGUUUUUGUGGUACUGCUACAGGGUGGGCCGGGAGCACGGCUCUAGCCCUCUGCGAGGAAGGUAUCUAACCGGGCCUGGCAGGAUUGGAGGAGUAGUAGGGGGCUUCAUUGGCUCAGACUGUCGCAACAGAAAAGGGAAGCAUGGUUCAAUGUUUGAGGAGCAGAAUGGUUUCGCUUUCUGCCAGUCGUCUGAAUGUUUUCGCUGCACCAGUGCAGGAGAAAGUCUGAACCAGAGGCUCUAUCACAGCCUACAGGAGUAUGCUAAGCGCUACACCUGGUCAGGCAUGGGCAGGGUGCACAAAGGAGUUCGUGACCAAGGCCGAUACCUUAACAGCCGCCCGACCAUCCAGCGGCCAGAGGUCUUUUUCCUCCCUGACCUUCCGUCAGCUCCUUUCUUCUCUAGAGAGGUCCAGAGACAUGACGUGGAGCUCCUGGAGCAAAGUUUCCCUGUCCUUCUGGCUGAGUUUGAGAGUAUCUACAACCAACCUCCAGCCCGCAGCGGCUCUUCCUUGCCACCAGGGUGGAAAGUCAACAGCACACCUCGUGGCCAAUGGUGGACCUACUACCUGGUCAACCAAGGCACUCCUCUGGUUCUCAAUGUCAGGAGGUGUCCACGGGCCUGGAGAGUGCUGGGCCAGCUGCGCACGUUCAUCUCCAACAACGUGUUUGGAAAUGCCUGUUUCUCCGUGCUGUCACCGGGAGCUCUCAUCACUGAACAUUACGGUCCAACAAACGUGCGGCUGCGCUGCCACCUGGGUCUGAGAGUGCCCCCCUCCUGUGAGCUUGUGGUUGGUGGAGAGCCUCAGUGCUGGUCUGAGGGCAGCUGUCUGCUCUUUGAUGACUCUUUCCUCCACAGGGCCUUCCACGAGGGGGUUGCAGAGGACGGCCCCAGGGUGGUCUUCAUGGUGGACCUCUGGCAUCCGAAUGUGGCUGCAGCCGAGAGACAAGCCUUAGACUACAUUUUCACCCCAGGCCGCUUAGAGGAGAAGGAAGGGAAAUAGGUGCGCAUACGUGAGGAAUAUUUAGGAUUAGACAGCCAGCUCUCACAUUCACUGUGUGCUUGCUUUUUUUCCCCUCUCUCAGAACUCGACUGAAAAGCUGCACAAAUAUUGGCCUUUUUUUUGUUAGCCAUAUCUUUGUGAAUCAAAACCACACUUACUGUAAGAGCACAAGCUAAUAUUUGAGUGCACGAUCGGUCAUGCUUAUUUUGAAAUGUCAAAUUACUACACAGUGACUUUCUUUGUCGGAACCCAACCAAUUCAACUCCAUUUGGCUUUGGUUUGAGUCAUUGAAAGCACAUUUGGGAUGAUAUUGCAUUUGACCAGUUUUAUUUCUAUUAUCAUGUACAUGUGAUAAUUGGGGUUCCGUGGCAGUCGUGACAUGAAUGUUUACAGAGCUUCUGCAGCAGCUAGUGUGGUGAUUUCAUUCCGCUUCCCUCCCUGCUGUGCUCCUGGUUGAAUAAGCACAUUUGUUGUCGGAUCAUAUGAGUUCCCCUGUGCAGAAACAAUGGAGAUGAAACAUUUGUGUUCAAUUUGCUAAUUUUGUGUAAUUUGUAUUUGAUAUUACAUUUGUACACCUGUAAAUAUGUGAGGGUUAAUGUUAAACGGGGAAAAAAAAACUAUGGUCUGAUGUGUUUUGAAUUCAAAUAACUAUUGUGUUGUCUUGAGUUACAGUGAAUACGUUUAAUUUGCCGAUCCAAUCACUGUUGGAUAAAAUCUAUAGAUCCUGCAAAAUACUUAUGAAAUACACAUUCUUGUCUGAUAUGCAUGGCCUCAAAACAGCCAUUAUACAUCUAACCCAUUCGUCAUUGAUACAGUAUACAGUGUGUGUGUGCCCAUUUUGUUGCUCAUGAAGGAAAUCAAAGCAUCUUUAUAAAAUACCUAUCAACACUGAUGUUUACAAAAUCUCAAAACACUGGCACUCAUGUUGCGUUGCAUAUAUUAGAAUUUUUAUUUAUGACUCUCAGUAACCAAUGUUAUAAGGAUGUUUGUUUUUUACACUUGAUUAUGAGACGUUUGUUUACAUUUGGGUAGGGGAUUUGUCCUUGAUGGCAAAAAAAGACACUUUGUUUGUGAAGAGGCAAUAGUGGCCUCUACUGUCUAAAUUGGUCAUUACAGGAUACGUGCCUAAUGGAGGGGAACUUAGAGAGAAACUACUUUGACAUAAUGAAAUGACGUUUUGGUCUUAAUGUUUCUCACCAUGCUGUAGUGCAGCAGUCGUAGUUUACUGAUGGAUAAUGUGUUGUCGCAUCGAACUGUGCUGGGGAAUGCAUGUGUGACAUAAGUGACAGUGCCUUCAAAAGUCUUUUACAAGCUACUUUUGAAAAUCCAGUGUGUCUUCAGAGGUGCCAUUGUUUUAGCUAAUAAAGGUUUUGGUGCACAGAGUGGGAAUAUAAACCAUGCGUGAACCAUAUCCACAUUUUUUCUUAAUGCUGUCUUACUGAAAAUAUUUAUAUUAUGUUGCUUCCUUGUGUGGAUUUUUGAACCGUAUUUAAUAAAUGGGUGGAGAACAUUUAACCAGAUGUUGCCAGAAGUGUCACUUGUACGGGACACCCUGCGUCACAACAGAGUGAAAACACAAAUAACAGACCGUAAAGCCAACCUUGUUUUCCAAAGACUCUUCUGUUUCAAAUCAGAAGUUAAUGCACAUUUUUGGAACAAUAUUAUUAGUGAAUGAAAUACAAUUUUUUGUUGUGGGUAUUUCAAUAUUAAAUUUAAAUUUCAUCAAUUUGAUUGCAGAUCUAGGCCUGUCCCGCGGCAAUGAUAGUAAACAAUUUGUUUAGUUUUGUAGGACAAAAAGAGCUGCACCUGUGAAUCCAACAGAGGGUGCUGUCUCACGUCACUUUACUCAACAUUUUCCAGCAGGAAGAUGCUUCGACAUAUACAUUUUCAAAUAUGUAUUGACUAUUUUCUGUUUAGUUCAUUGAUAAGAUUUGUUUCAAUUGAUUUUGUUAUAUUCUCCAAUCGUUUUUAGGUCAUGAUGAGUUUUGACUUAUCAAUGCAAUCUGCUUUUAUAGAGCUCAUGGAUUUUGACAAUGCCUUUACACAAAAUGAUUAUAAAGGUUCAGUUUUAGUUGUUGCCAAAUGCAUAUUAUCUAAAUACCAUAUUUGGGGGGGUGAUAUUUGAUAGCACUACCAGGCAGACGGCCAGGUCUUUCACACAAGAUUUUCCAGCAACUGCAUAUUUUUGAAGUACAAUAUAUCAGUGGUCCUCAAUCAGCACCCCGCAGGCCACAUCCUGCUCACCAAAUCUUUUUCUUUGGCCCGCCAAACGUCACCCAAAUAAUGAGACCGUUCAUGCAGUAUACUUCCUUUAUACUUCAAGAGUGUUCCUUUAAGAGUGUUUCACUUUCUCCUUUUUCCAUGCAUAGCUCUCCAAAUAUGAAAACUGUGACUUUUAUCAAAUGUUUGAUGACGCAUUUCCACUCCUCCGAUUCCGAUUCAUCUCACAGCAAGCUGAUUUAAAAGUGGACUCUGUCAGCGCAAAUGUAAAUAUGUAUAUAUAAAGUCAUCUGACUUUGACAGGAUGCUUUUAUGGAUGUUCUCUGUCCUGGUAUCAUUUCAACGGCUGCUGUCUCUUGAAAUAAUUUAGUGUUUGUUUAAAGUGGAGAGUUUUACAUUUACAGGAACAGUUUAAGAUGUGAAAUUUUUGUCAUAAGCAACUCCAUUUGGACUGAGGCUGGCUGUCGUCUUUUUUUCUUCCUUUCCUCUUCCAGAGA